UGUACGGCUGCGCGCGCAGCCUUCGCGCAGCUUCUGUGGUGCUUGGUUAUUUAAGUUGGCGCGACGGCCUGGUCGUGUUUCAGUAUCAUCAAGAGAAUUCGUGAGCGAGUGCAUUGUGACAAUUUUACACGGCACGACUUAUACAUACCUUGAGAGUCCGUACAAGUAUUACCGUGAGAAGCAGACUAACAGUAUUAAUAGUGUUUAGUGUUCGACUUUAAAGAAAACCAGUGAUUUUUUUACGUACUAAUCUUACCAAGAGGAGUAAAAAGAAGAAUAGCUGCGAGAGGAUUAGCCGCGAUAUAAUCGGCGGAGAGACAGAGAGUCGGAGAAAAAAAGAAUCACGAAACCGAGUAGCGAGAGGAAAUCCCAUAGGCGGCAAAUGGAUUCAUCGCCGGUGAUCAUUGACAAUGCAAGCAAGUUCGGCCGGGAUCUGGACCCGCGCGCACACUUCCCCGGCUUCCCAUUUGACGACGAGGGUAUCUUUGGCCACAGAGCCGAUAUCCGUUCGCGCCUCGACGACUUGGCCGCGAGGCAUCCAGAGUUCGCCGACCAUCUGCUAGGAUCGGCUUGGGACGAGGUGCCCUUCAGCGCUGGAUCCCUCAGGAGAGGCAACAGGAGGCCUAGCCAGGAGAGGCCUUCGACCAAUAACGUUUUCCACAGUCAUCCUGACGAGGACGCACGUUCGCAGGCGAGCGGCGGAAGCGCAGCAAGCGGUGCAAGUGGAGUAAGUUCCCACGGCAGCGAAGCCGAUCAGGCUUCAGUAGCAGAUACAGACUCACGCCCGUCCGCGCGUAAGAUCCCACAGUACAGCUUACGCAACACAGUGGACAUUGGCCAGCACCAGCACAACAUGGAGGCACCACAGCAACAGCGAAACGUACGUUCAAUGUCGGCACCGCCGGAAAAUCGUCAGAACGAGCCACGUUUCGUCUCGAGAGUCGAAAUUAAUCCUCAGCAAGAGGUUCAGCAACAACAGCAGCCCCAAAAAAUCCAACAAGAGCCACAAAGAGAGAAAAGUCCGCCCCCACAAGCGCAGCAGCAAGAGCACAAAACUACUAGGCCGCAAAGUAACGUCAGGCAGAUUCCAAUUUUUGUCGAGGGUAGAGACAAGCCUGUAAUCGCCAAAGACGUCGACGAACCAGAUUUCACAAGGAGACAAUCUCCACCUCAAUUCACUCGACCUUCCCAACACUAUCAGUCGUUCAACAGGCAACCUGCUGGCUGGACCUCGCAUUUCCAUGAGCCUUUUUUCGAGCCACCACAAAACAGAUGGACGAACUCACCGCCGUCGCAUCCACAGUUCCGACAUUCUCAGCAACAGCAGCAAGAAAAACCUCGGUACACUUAUCAGACUGAAACUCAACCUCGAGCGAGGCAACAGUUCCAGCCACAACAGCAGCAACAACAAAAGCCACAACAUCCUCAGAAUGAGCCUCAACAGGAGCAAGCACCUCCUAAGCCCAAACAGCAGGUGCAGCCUAAAGAUCCUUUGGAAAAAGUUGCUGCAGUGCAACAAGAGGUUAACGCGCUAGCCGAGCAAGUGAAAGAAUACUCGGGCAACUCGCGAACGGACAAGCAAUAUAUGUACCUUGAUGAGAUGUUGACGCGUGAGUUGAUUAAACUUGAUGAUAUCGACACUGAGGGCAAAGAAAAUGUACGAACGGCACGAAAGCAAGCCAUCAAGAGUAUCCAAGAGACAAUUAGUUUGCUCGAAUCAAAGGCUUCAUUAUCAGGUCCGCAAACACCGCAGCGCGACGAAAAGCAAAGCACAGAAUCUGUGAAGCAAGAGGAACAGAUUGUAGAACAAUCAUCCGAGACAAAAACAGAGACUGUGGCUGUGAAACCUGAGGCUAUGGAAACCCAAGAGACACCAACUCAGGAAGAGCAGAAAGCUAUUCCAUUGCCACCACCGUUGUCGUCUACAAAAAACUCAUCAAGUACCGAGCCAACUCGAUCGUCUACGGAAACCACCGCUGCUGCCGUCGCCGAAGCUGCUUCGACACCAGUUCAACCAGAACAAGCCGUACAAGAGUCUCCAAUCAAAAACGAGCCAAUGGAUGCAUCCCCUGCACCGCAAGAACAACAGCUACUCCAAGAGCAACCAAUGGAGGUUAGGCAGUCGUCACCUGCCAAAGAACUUCAAUUGGGUAAAGAAAACCAACAACAAAGUCAAGCUAUGAUUACUGAAGAACAGAAGCAAGAAGUCAAAGAAGCGACUGCCUCUCCAGAACAACCAACAACGGAAAAGCCGAAGAAGGAACCUCCACCGGUACCUGCAAAACCAAACAGGUCGCCGAAGAAAUCUAAAAAAUCUGUUAAACAGCAAUCAGAGCAGCAACCUAUUUCUGAUACUGCGAUACCUUUGCCUGCACCUGGCCAAUCGAUCUAAGCGGCUAGUCUAAAGCUGGUGAUACUGCUGUCCAAGGACUGAAAAAAUUGUGCGCGAUGGGGCCGGCGGAUUAUGCCAUUUCACGAGCGAUUUGUCGGGGAACUCGCCGGGUUUCUUUCAUUUUUUUACGUAAAUCGAUGUUGUUUCUAUGACGAAAAGCUGUAGAGAUUAUUUAUUUCGGGUCCUCGACGAUAGAGGUUGUGUGCUUUUUUUGACGACUGUUGCGAAAUGAGUACGUGCGAAGGUUUUACGAUCCAUCAUGAUUCUGUACUUUUUAAUUUAUUUCAAUUCAAUACUUCCGGGAUAUAGAGAUUUUGCUGCAGCUACCUCGCGAGACUGCAUGGAGCAGUGUUUACACAACAUUGAGUUAAAUUCUUUUGUCAUCACGUGACCUUAGGCUAUGUGUUCGAGAAAUUUCCUAGUUGAUAAGCAUUACUUUAUGAAAAAAGUUAAUAACAAUUCUUAAUAAAAAAUACUCGU